AUGAAAGCCGCGACCGCAUUUCAAGGCGUCAAGCCCUCCAUUGUCAAAGAGGCACGAUCAGCGACAUUGGACUUGUAUAGAAGCCUUUUGAAAGCAGCAGCACAAUUCCCUGAAUCGCACCAACGCUACUUUUUACGUGAAACAGUGCGUGAGCGUUUCCGUUUUCAUCGGCAUGAGACGUCUCGACCACGUGUAUUAAGGUGUUUGCAAGAAGGGAGCAAGGCACUCGAGAUCAUGUGGGAUGCAAAAAGCAACGCUGUUUAUAUGGAACGCAUUGACGCAUUGGCUACUGCAAAAGCAGGUCCUUUAAAACACGUGGUUGGAAAGUUACGAAGGAUACCUGACCUCAACAAGCGUGCAUCUGCAGCACUCGACAUUCGAUCAUCAUCGUCAAGGAAACGGGACCCCAAUGCUCGGAUGGCGGCACCUGAACAUCUUUGCAAAUUGGCACGCAUCACACAACCUGCACCUUAUCAACCACCCAGUCAACCCACCAAAACGCCAAAGUUCACCAAAAGAAAGCCGUAUAUGGUAUCCAUCAGGACACAUGAUGCCAAUGGGAUUCCAUUUAUACGAGUGCGUGGAUGGCGUCAACCUGUACAAACAUCGAUGAUGAUCAAGACCAGAGUCAAGAAGCUUCAGCAAUGGAUGGACAAGAUACAUGAAUUGCAAGAUCUCAGGCGUAUGAUUCGAAGUGAACGCAUCUUUUAUACUAGUCUUGGGAUCCAUGAAGACUUUAAGGAAUAUGAAUACCACAUGACAGAAGCAGAGAGAUAUUAUUCCCAAUUGCGUUCCAGAAUCCAAGGCAACGGCAAUGAUGACCACGCUACUCUGAGGGAAGAAUAG